GUCAGACGCGACCACGUCCACAGGACGUCCAGUCAAGUCUGUGUGGAUUUAGACACUGUGCUAGCCAUGAGCUAACGAGAACGCGGCUUUUCAUUUUUGUCACCAUAAUUCAAGGUUUGGCGGAGUUGUUACCGAGGAAUAAUCAUUCUUCUACCCCGCUGCAGUUUGACUCUGAUCUGAUUCUGUGGUGUUUGUUCUUCUCUUCACCUCCCGCUCCACCUGAAUUCUGCUUGCUCUGACGCUCAGAUCGUUUGGUAGAGCCAUGGCAGCUGCUAAACCAAAAGGGCAGAACUCUCUUGCCCUUCAUAAAGUGAUUAUGGUGGGAAGUGGCGGAGUUGGCAAGUCAGCUCUCACGCUCCAGUUCAUGUAUGAUGAGUUUGUGGAGGACUAUGAACCCACCAAGGCAGACAGUUACAGGAAGAAAGUGGUGCUGGAUGGAGAGGAGGUACAAAUCGACAUCCUUGACACAGCUGGACAGGAAGACUACGCAGCCAUCCGGGAUAACUACUUCCGCAGUGGCGAGGGUUUUCUCUGUGUAUUUUCCAUUACAGAACUGGAAUCAUUCGCAGCUACAGUGGACUUCAGGGAGCAGAUUUUGCGAGUGAAGGAGGAUGAAAAUGUUCCCUUCCUCUUGGUUGGGAACAAGUCAGACUUGGACGACCGACGGCAGGUUAGCGCAGAUGAAGCCAAGGUGCGUGCAGAGCAGUGGGGGGUGUGCUACGUCGAGACCUCUGCCAAAACCCGUGCCAACGUCGACAAGGUGUUCUUUGACUUGAUGAGAGAAAUCCGGGCGAGGAAAAUGGAGGACAGCAAAGAGAAGAACGGAAAGGAGAAAAGUAAAAGUUUGGCUAAAAGAAUCCGAGAGAGAUGCUGUAUUUUAUAGUGGUCAAACAGCUGCUGAGCUAAUUAUGUACAUAUACAGUUCUCAGAUUUUUGCAUUUAUUUUGAGCCCAUACCUGACCAUGACUUUCUGUUCCUGGUUACCAGGACAUUUGAGCAUUUUGUCAGGCAUAGUAAGGUGGCACUCCAUAUGCCAUUUAUAGCUCUAAACACUCCAAAAUAAUUCUCUCUCUCACUCGCUCUGACCACAUUACAGAGUGUAAUAACUGGACAGUGUUUAAAUUUAGGCCUAAACUUGACAUUGAGUCUCAGCCCUGAAAUGUUCUAAAGUCUCUUUUCUUGUAAAGUUUGUGUAUUAUUAUAUAUUCAGUUAACUGCGGAGAGCAAUUCUAAAGAUAAAGUGUGGAAUGCAGGAGGCUUAAAUGGGGAACACGUAGCUGGGUCUCCAUCACGAAGGUCUGUAUAAUUCGACUGCCUUCCUGGAUUGGAAACAUAAGAUUAGAAUCAACAGUAUAGUGUCAAACUGAAAUAAAGUGCCACUGUGAAAAUAUACACUGGCUAAUUGAAACAGAGUUGUUUUUCUUAUCUCAGCCAGAGCUUAAAUUUCAUGCCAUUCCAAUUGGAUUCACACAAAUGCACAGUAGUUAUGAACACAAGUCAAACUUCUGUUUCCUUUUUCUUUCAUAUGAACUGGUGUAAUAUAAGUGCACUGUUAGUUUUACCCCCUUUGAGUCACUUUCUUUGCAUAUGUAAAUGCAUUGAUCGUUAGCCUUAAAUCUGUGAGUGAUGUUGUGACACUUGAACCUUUUCACUCUUAACAUUUCAGAUCUUUUUACCUCAGUAGGCUAAUGAGUUUGAUUACUUUUAACGAUGCAGGAAUCCCUGGUGCUGUGAUAAAGGUGAUUUCUUAACACUACAUCUUUUACAUUUUGUUAUUAACACAUUGAAAUAAAUUGCUUCCAGUCGUGUAAAAGUUGAUUUCUUUGCCAGUUUUCUGUCAUCUGGCUCUGUUAUUAAUGAUAACCUUGUACUUUCUUUUUUAACUGUAGCUCUUAAUUGGGGUGAAAAUAGGAAUAAACUCGCGAAUAAAUUAUCUUGAAAGUGAAAGCUGCAGUGUGAAAACUGAUGUAUGGUGGGACAUGUCCAACAAGGUUCUUGUAGUCACCAAAGAAAAA